AUGGCGCGUCGCCUGGCGCUGCUUGCGCUGCUGGCGUGCGCGGCGGUCGCGAACCGCCGGCAUUUACGAUCUACCGAUACCUCGGAUUCACAAUCUUACGACAUUGUGCUAUGGGACGAUUAUGAUGAAUCUAUUGAAAAAUCUCUUCCAACACAUGUCACCUUCAAACCCAAAACUAAAGUGAUAGUCCGGAAUAAAGCUCCCAAAUUAAAUGUGACUAAAAAAAAGACUAAAAGUGAUGAGAAGAUUCAAGUAAUUAAAACUACAAUAAAUAUUUCAAGUCAAACAAACUUUAUUGUGACAAAACCACCUCAAAUCGUGGAGGCGGUAUCUAGUUCAAUAACGCGUCUUCCUUAUAAGACGUUUACAAAUGUAAAUAAACUUUGGAUAGAUAGUGCGAGCCAAACGUUGAGACCCAGCACAAAACUGCCGAUAAAGCCGCGGCCGACCUCGACUCGACGCCCGCCUAAGACUGUGCGCCCUCGGAUUACGACAACGACGAAGGAACCACGCACAAGCACGACACGACGUCCGAGUACUCGACGGAAAUUAAAAACAAAAGUGACUUGUCCACCGAAAAAUCCUAAUUGGAUAUCGACAUAUAUUAAAGAUAAUACUUUAAAAAAAACUCCGAAAAAUGAAGUGAAAUCAGGUUUAUUUUCUAGGGUUUAUAACUGGUUUGUAGAGUCCAAAUCAAAUUGGUUUAAUGCUGGGUGGUUCGAAGACAAGUCAACUACAACGACUACACCUUUUCCUCCUUCAACUUCGACAGGAAAUUGGUUUGAAUUAUUCCUCGAUUCUGAAGAUACCGAUAGUUCAAAUGUAGCUAAUGAGAAGAUAAAAAAAUCUGCAAAAAAAUCUCUCAAGAAAACGUACAAAGGCUACCAAUUACUAAGAACAUACCCAGACUUGCAAUGGAAACUGCAUUCGUUAUUAGAUUUACAGGAAGAAGCUGAAGGGUCCGGUUUAAUGUGGUGGACUUCUCCAUCUCUCAACGGGUCAACUGAUUUGCUCGUUCCGCCCGACUUACUGACAGAUAUAAAAAAUCAUUUAAAAUCUUCUAAAAUAGAAUUUGACGUUGUUAUUUGGGAUUUACAGAAAGCGAUUGCGUAUGAAAACCCAAAGCUUUCAAAGAAACAACGUCUUGAGCUAGAGCAAUUACGUGGUCAUCCUAUGACGUGGAGACGAUAUCACCGCUACGCCGAUAUAUUGAGGUAUCUCGAAUACCUACAACACUCAUAUUCUGAUAUCGUUGAACUGGUACCGCUGGGUCUCUCUUCAGAAGCAUUACCAUUAGUGGCGGUUAAGGUAUCUAUUCCAAAAAACGAAUCGCAAACAGACCACAAUAACGUAUCUCAUAAAAAGAAAUGGAAGUUAAAAUCACACAUGAAACCAGCCAUCUGGUUGGAUGGUGGCGCUCACGCGAGGGAAUGGAUAUCACCCGCAGUUGUUACGUGGAUGUUACAUAACUUAAUAGAAGGUGAGAAAGGGUUAGGUGCUGAUCGUGAAAUACUGAAUGUAGCCGACUUUUAUAUCAUGCCGAUGAUAAAUCCUGAUGGCUACGAGCAUUCGCAUACACACGAUCGACUUUGGAAAAAAACACGUUCACGAAGCCCUGACCAUUCGGAUGAUUACUACGUCGGUUGGUUUCCUUGGAACUGGGGCCGUACGGAAUGUGUAGGUGUAGACGCAGAUCGUAAUUGGGAUUACCACUGGGGUGAAAAGGACACAUCAAACGACCCUUGCGCGGAAAAUUACGCCGGUCCCCACCCAUUCAGCGAGCCAGAGACAAGGGCUGUUUCGGAAUUCUUGGCAGAACACAGAGGGCAAAUAAAGGUUUAUAUAUCUUUGCACGCAUACUCGCAAGCUUGGCUCCUUCCAAGCUCUCACGUUCACGCAACGUUUGCUGAUAAUGAAAUGUUAUUGGAGAUGGGUAAGCUUGCAACGGCUGCUCUUGCUGACAUGUAUGGGACCAAAUAUCAGGUAGGAACAGCUGCGGAACUCCGACAGCCAGCUUCAGGGAUGUCCCACGAUUGGGCAAAAGCACGAGCUGGAAUCAAAUUCUCUUAUCACGUUGACCUUAGAGACUCUUUUGGACCGUAUGGUUUUCUACUGCCAGGGUCACAAAUAGUGUCUACAGCCCGCGAGACUUGGCAGGCUGUGAGAACAAUUGUAGAUAAUCUAUCCGAUCUUAAAUAA